GUUCAAAGACGUGCUCACCUGGUUUCUCAUAGCCAUAGGAUCCGACCAUGCUGAUCUUGAUCUUCAUUGCUUCCAUUUGCCCGUGCUGGGCACAGCAGCCGGGGACAAAGGUGGAAGGGAAUCCCACAAUUGCCGUGAAGGAGUGCAGCAGUAGGGGGUGCAGUUUCAAGGAUCACAAGCUUGUGCUGGAUGCUAAUUGGCGGUGGAUCCACAAUGAGGAGUUUCAGAACUGCUACACUGGAAAUCUAUGGGACACUUCUAUUUGUCCGGAUCCAGACACUUGUGCAGAGAACUGCAUGGUGGAAGGGGUAGAUGCUGGGCAGUACAAGACCACCUAUGGCGUGACAGCAGUUCCAGGUGGAGUCAAGCUGAGCUUUGUCACUGGGUCCAAUGUGGGAUCACGUCUCUUCCUGUUGGAGGAUGACGACAACUACAAGCUCUUCAAUCUGAAGAACCGUGAGUUUGCUUUGGAUGUCGACUCCUCCACGGUGGAAUGUGGUAUGAAUGGUGCCAUGUAUUUCAUAGAGAUGGCAGCCAAUGGAGGCAAAGGGCUGGCAGGAAACAAGGCUGGUGCCAAGUUUGGUACAGGCUACUGUGAUGCGCAAUGCCCCCAUGACAUCAAGUUCAUCAAUGGCCAGGCGAACACCAAGGAUUGGAAGCCGCAUCCCAAAGACUUCAGCAAUAGCAUGGGCUUGGGUCACUACGGUGCCUGCUGUGCUGAGAUGGAUAUUUGGGAGGCCAACAACAUGGCCACAGCCUACACCCCGCAUCCUUGUGACAUCGAUAGCCCCGGGCAGUACAUGUGUGAAGGCACGGAAUGUGGUGAUAACGACAAGGAUGAGCGUUAUGAUGGCCUCUGUGACAAAGAUGGCUGUGAUAUCAACGCUUUCAGAAAUGGGAACCAAAGCUUCUAUGGCAAAGGGCCCACAUUUUCGGUGGAUUCCUCCAGGCCAAUGACUGUGGUGACUCAGUUCCUUACCAGCAAUGGUCGAGAUGAUGGAGAUUUGUCGGAGAUUCGUCGCUUCUAUGUGCAGGAUGGAAAGGCAAUUGAAAGCCCACCAAUAAUGAUCCUGCAAGACCAACCGGACUCCAUUACUGACAAGAUGUGUGAGGACAUUCAGGACCUGUUUGGAAAUCCCAAUGACUUCAAGAUCAAGGGUGGAAACAAAGCUAUGGGAGAGUCCUUAGAGCGUGGCCAUGUUGCUGCCUUUUCGCUCUGGGAUGACAUCGAUGUGCACAUGAUGUGGCUGGAUUCGUGCUAUCCCACUGACAAGGCCUGCAGUGAGCCGGGCGUGCAUCGUGGCAUGUGCCCAGGGGGCGAAGAAAGUGCACCUCGAAAUGUCAGGAGCAAACACCCCAACUCCUACGUGACUUUUGCCAACGUGGCCUUUGGUGAGAUCGGCAGCACCCAGUCGGUAUACCCCACGCGUCCCAGCACAACAGGAAGCUCUGGAUCUACAUCUUUGGGCACUUCGGGAACUACCACAACGACGACCACGACGACUACCACGACCACGGUCACCACAGUCACCACAGUCACCACCGUCACCACGGUCACCACAGUCACCACGGUCACCACAGUCACCACAGUCACCACGGUCACCACGACAACGGCAAGUCCGAGUACCACAGCUGCUACAAGUACCACCUCAGGUGGCGAAUGCGCGGCCAAGUGGAAGAAGUGUGGUGGAAAGAAUUAUGAUGGCCCAACAUGUUGUGAGGCUGGAUGGGUCUGCAAAUACCAGAACGAGUGGUAUUCGCAGUGUGUACGAGGUGAUUCAACUGACACCAGUACAUCUACUACAUCCACUACCACCAGCUCUGGUGGUGACUGCGCGGGUGCUUUCAAACAAUGCGGUGGCAAAAAUCAUGAUGGUCCAACCUGCUGCGAAGCAGGCUAUGUCUGUAAAGUCCAGAACGACUGGUAUUCUCAGUGCAAACCGAGCAGGAGCUCAGCACGACAGAAGUUUUUGGGUCUCAUCCAGUCUGCCUCGAAACUGGCUCGUGCUGAGGAAUUAUGAGGUCUCCCUGAACCUGAAUUCAUCUUGCAAAUCUUGCCAUGAUCAUGUGAGUUGUAUAGUAUAGCUCGCUGGUGAGCAUUGAGCAUCAGGAAGCUCUCAGCGCUUUGCUUUUAAAGUGCAGGUUCGUUAUAAGUUAAGAGAACUUGAGGCACCUGCGAUCAGUGUACAGUACAGCAAUCAGUACCCUGCGUAUUUGUUGCGCAAAGGCCACAGUUACGCAGAGUGGCAUGACUCUUGCAAGAAGAAGCCAAGCAGAAAGGAGGAC